GGCUGGUUUCCCCGAAGAUAGUCGGUCCUUCUAUCAAUCGGACAUUUUCAAAUUGAAGUUUAAAUUUGAAUUGACAAUCAUAUUAUCUUCUCUACAUCCCUGCAGCAAUUUCUACCUACCACUACUACGCGCUACGUUGAAAUCGCUCAAUUGUGUACUCUCGAAUAUAGAAUCUAGAUUGAACACGCAACGCGCGCGCCGCAUGUAGCCUCAAGGCAACCUCAUGCUUCCAAAAGGCUCGUUACUUACAUAAGUUAAACUUGGUGAAUGUAGGUCCUUGUAGGUCCAACUUGAACCACUGAAUCAACACCACCACUCGUCUGUCCUUGUCGUUAUACCACAAUGCUGAUUCUAAGCGAAUAUAUGUCGCAUUCUUAUCCUUUUUACCAUGAACAUCCUAGGAAGAGGAUGGGAAGCAGCGAAGUGUGAGUACAACCGAGACUAUACAUUAUCGACAGCAAUUCUCGACAGGCCUUCACACAUUGGAGAGUCCUUCUGGAACAAAGUCAUACAGAUCAGUCUGAAUACCGAUGAAGCCUUCCAUCGUGCCAUGGAGCUCUAUCCAUCCGCAAAGAUAACAGAGUUCAAGGAGUCUGUGGGUACCGUCACCAGCACAGCUAUUGCGCUUCAUCAAGUCGUCCUUGCAGCCGCAGAACAAAGUGGCAGACCCCUCGACAUGUCCAUAUUCGAAGACUCUGUAGAUAUCCUAUUUGAAGAGCUUAAAGAGGUGUUUCCGCCGCCUGAGCAGGCUCCCGGUCACGAAAACCGUACAGUCAUGUUCAGCACGGUCCUUGACCGUAUGGAGGAGAAGUUCUUACAGGUCGCUAUCGUGCACGGAGGGAAUGAAGAACUUCUGACAAGUUACACCAGCUCUCUCAAGUUCAGUGUUCAACACAUUGCCGUGACCAUGGGAGACCUUAUUGAACAGCAUCCCAACCUAGCCAAUACCCUCUUGAUUGCUGCGAUGGCACCCUUAUUACCUGAGAUUGCGGCGGUCUUCUUACCUCGGGGUGGGGGGUCAUGGAUUCUUCGUCGGGUUCUUUUAAAAGUUGGAUUCGGACCACAGGGACCAAUGAAAGGCUCAGUUGCUGCGUGGUUGCACAGUUGGUUAGGUCCCUUCAUACCAAAGGGUAGCUGGUUUUCAGUGCUUCAGCGCCUUGCCAUGAAAGGUUGAGUGGCCUUAAAAGCUAGUACGAGUUUCAGCAGGCAUUUGUUUCAUGACAUUGGAAAACCUACAGAAUGAUGUUUUGACGCCUCAAUUGUAUUUCAGAUUUCACCUUGUACAUAUGGACCUUGUCCAUUAGCUUUAGCAUGAUCUUCAUAAAAUCGAUCCCAGUGCGAAGUGCUC